AUGGACACCGAAAAGAAAGUUCGAAGAUUCACAAGUAAUGAAGAUGCUGUGAUAACAUCAAUAUUCAAUCUCCACUUGGAUGAUAAAGGAGUUGACUUCUGCGUUGAUUCACUCUUUAAUAUUUUCUUAGGAAUUCAUUCUAAACGCGCGAUAAAAGAUAGAUGGAGUAAUUUCUUAUCAAUGGACAGCGCAGAGUUUACUGAUGAAGAUGACAAACUAAUACAAUCACUACACAAAAACUUAGGAAACAAGUGGUCGAAGAUUUCGAAAUAUUUCAAAAACAAAAGUCCAACACAAGUCAGGAUCAGAUACUACCAAAUGCAACGGAAAGAAAACAGGAUCAGACAAAGCGAGGAAACCCGAAAUACUGAUUCCAAUUUCUUUUUUAAUAAUGAAAUUUCAGAUUUUGAAUUUUUUAAUUUUGAACAAGGAACAAUUUGUUAA